AUGAAGUUAUGGGAAAGAGUGAUCGAACAUAGGUUGAGGGCAUGCACAAGCAUUUUGGAUAACCAAUUUGGUUUUAUUCCUGGGAGAUCUAUUAUAUAUGGAAGCAAUCCAUUUGAUAAGACAAAUGAUGAGUUUUAUAGGGUAAAGAAGAAGGAUCUUCAUAUGGUCUUUAUUGAUUUAGAGAAGGCAUAUGACAAGGUGCCAAGAGAGGUUGUCCCAUCAAGUAUUGAUGAGAAUGAAGACCAUGAAAAUAUAAAUACUACUGAAAGUCCUGAAAAUGACGAUGAAAAUGACAAUGAUGAUGCAAUAGAAAAGGAAAUCCCAAAGAAAAAAAAAAAGAAAAUGAUCUGGUGGAAUUCUACUUUUCUAAUGCUCGAAUCCGCUAUCAAAUUUAAAAAGUCUUUUGCUAGUUUGUGCAUGAAAGAUUCUGCUUGCUUUAAGGAACUUAGGAAGGUGGGUGGUAGUCCAACGGAAGAAUAUUGGAACAAGCCUCCAUGCAUGUCUACUACACAAGAUUGUUUCUCCUCUUCUAAUGCAACUUCUAUCCCUUACACUUCAAAUGUGCCUAUGAGAAGUGGGGAAUCAGGGAGUAAAUAUAAAGUUGACCCUCAACAAAUCAUGACUUCAAAGUAUGAAAGGGAUACUGGUUACUCAUUUAUUAAUGCAGGGAAAACUGAGUUGGAGAAGUAUUUAGAGGAUGCAUGUGAGCAAUUUAACUCUAGCUUUGAUAUCUUAGCAUAG